AUGUCCUUUUUUACCUUUAUAAUCGACUAUGGGGCGCCGCCAUUGCUCGUCCUUUCCCCUGUCCUUUCAUACGCCGACCAGAUCAUGAGCAUACACCGGACAAAGACCUCGGCCGGUUUCUCAUUGGAUAUACCAUUGAUUAUGCUCGUUGCUUCCAUAUUUAAGAUAUUUUACUGGUUUGGAUCCUACUAUUCCGCUCCUUUGCUUAUACAGGCGAUAUCAAUGGUCGGUGUGCAAGUUAUACUUCUCAAAGUUGCUUUGGAUAAUCGGCCUUCCCCCGGUAUCGAGCACACCCCAUUUAUUGGACAAGGAUCCGAAUCCGGUUUUGUCAGACCGUACGGAUUCUGGCAAUGGAAAUCAGCCCGUCCGUACUGGAUAUUUCUUACUUAUUUUACUCUGACCCUUCUCGUCAUCCAUACUCUCUUUACUCCACUUUCGCGGUCUUCUGCAUACAUAGAGUUACUGGGUUUCAGUGGACUCGGCGUCGAAGCUUUUCUACCAAUUCCACAAAUUAUUUCAAACCAGCGUUCACGGUCAUGUAAAGGCUUCCGACCUUCAGUUCUCAUCUCCUGGCUCCUUGGAGAUGCCAUGAAGAUGAGUUUCUUUUUUUUCAGCGGCGGUACAAUUCCUCUAGCAUUCAGGAUAUGCGGGGUGUUUCAUACCAUUAGAAUUGGCUAUGUCCCAGAGCAUUACCUAGCUCCUCUACAUCUCGCUGUCCACAGCUCAGAGGCCUCUUCUCUUCCAUUCAAAAUCUCUUUGAUUUCCUUCCCGUCCGGAACUGGGCAUAUGAUAACGUCCCUAAGGCAGAAUGAAAUCGACGUUGCGAUUGGUUUGACUGAAGGUUGGGUUGCAGGUCUAGUCGGCAAACCACAGCUAGAAAAGGGAGAGAAGGAUGGUGGCUACAAACUUGUUGGCCAAUGGGUUGAAACUCCAUUGAGAUGGGCCAUUGUUACAGGCUAUGACAGGAAGGAUAUACAGAGUGUUAGCGACCUCAAAGGAGGACGAGUCGGAGUGUCUCGUUUGGGCAGUGGCUCCCACAUUAUGUCCUUCGUUCUGGCUCAACAGCAAAGCUGGUCAUCCUCGUCACCCCUUACCCCGACCAUCCUAGGGCCGUUCCCUUCCCUGCGAGACGGAGUAACUGGCCAUAACCCUGAGCAGCCAGAUGCCCAAGCAAACUCCCUGGCAGAUUUCUUCAUGUGGGAGCAGUUUACCACAAAACCAUACUUUGAGCCUACUACCGCUUUCCCGAAGCCACCAUUGAAAAAGAUUGGGGAGAUCUACACCCCCUGGCCCUCCUGGCAAAUUGUAGCUUCGACUCGUACAUUCCCAUCUCCGGAGUCGGACAGUCGACUCACGCAGCUGUUUAGCCUCCUAGACUCCGGCAUUUCCACUUUCCAGGCAGAUUCAGCAAAAGUGGUUCAGCAACUUGGAACUGGUGAAUUCGGCUGUACAUAUUCCGAGUCAGAUGCUAAGGAAUGGCUUAAGGACGUACGAUUUGUCAAAGGUAGUACCAGGGGUGCUGACAAACAUAUGAUCGAAGGUGUCGUGAACGUAUUGAAGACUGCGGGAGUGGUCCCGGAAGACAUCAGCAAUGACGAAGCAGUCAAUAGGAUAAUUGGUAUCCAUGCUAGUCAGUAG